AUGGCGCGGUGGUUGUCAUUCUUUGCAGAAUACAACUUUACGGUCGAGUACAAACCAGGACGACUCAAUGUCGUCGCUGAUGCACUCUCACGUCGUCCCGACUUUGAACCAGUCGUGAAGCCCAACAGUGAGACAGUCACUGUUGCGGUUAUGACGUCCUCAGUCCCAUCUACAACGUUGUAUGAUGAUGUGAGGCGGGCAUACGCCCAAGAUGGUGAGAUUGUGAAGUUGUUGACACAUCUCUCCCAACCAUCUCGAGAAUCGUUGAAACGAUUGUCGCCUGCGUAUCGAUCUGCAUCAGAUCGAUACACUACUCGCAACGGGUUACUGUACUAUACAGCCGUUUCUGGUGACACACCACGUGUUGUCAUUCCAGAAGAUACUGAUCUGCGUUUUCGGAUCAUGUUCGAGUAUCACGAUGCUUCUAUAGGAGGACAUAGUGGCCGGGAGAAAACAUAUCUCAAGGUGAGUCGAGACUUUUACUGGCCCCGCCAGUAUCAGUUUGUGCGAAAGUAUGUUCGCGCAUGCGAAGUCUGCCAACGAGUGAAGUCAAGUCCUUCACUGCGUGCACCUUUACAGCCUCUAGCAGUUCCGGCAGAGUGCUGGUAA